UCGACCCCAAUUCCCGCCGCUUGCCGUCAUUCUGUCCGCUUCAGCGCCCUUCAAAAUGCAGAUUCCCUUGUUUCGACUUCAGUGCGGUGUAAACAGUUACGACUGGGGUGCGGUUCCGUUCCUAACCCCCGCCAUAACGUUGCUAAUGGGGAACUAACUUCUGCUCAUAGGAAAGGUAGGGAAGGACUCAGCCGCGGCCAAGUUCGCGGCUGCAACUCCUUCAGACGACUUCUCCAUACAAGAAGAUAAACCAUACGCAGAGGUUUGUUCAAUUGGUCCAGAGUAUGAAUCAGGCCCUGGUACUCACCGCCUAAGCUAUGGAUGGGCACACACCCCUCACUCCCCUCCAAGGACCUUGAAACAAAACGAACCCUGCUCGAACUGGUGCAGGAUAACCAAGCCUUGCUCUCCACGGACAUUGCAGAGAAAUAUGAGAACAAAUUGCCCUUCCUGUUCAAGGUCUUGUCCAUCAACAAGGCGUUGAGCAUCCAGGCACACCCGAACAAGAAGCUGGCAGAGAAGCUGCACGCUAAAGAUCCGAAGAACUACCCCGAUGAUAACCACAAGCCGGAAAUGACUAUUGCAGUCACACCCUUCGACGGACUCUGUGGUUUCCGACCCCUUGCUGAAAUCUCCCACUUCCUGCAGACUGUGCCUUCAUUCCGCAAGCUGGUCGGUGAAGAAGAGGCGACGAACUUCGAGAACACCGUCAAAGGCAAGGAGACGGCAUCGAAAGAGGAGGACGUCCAGGCCAACAAGAAGGCUCUCCAAAGCGCAUUCACCAAAGUCAUGAACACAGACAAAGACACUUUGGCUUCGGCUGUAGAAGAGCUCAUUCAAGCUGCCAAGACCGAAGGCGCGAAAUUCGCGGGCGAGGGUGGACUAUCCAACGGAGGAAAGGAGCUUGCCGACCUUGUGAUUCGGUUGAACGACCAAUUUCCCGGGGACAUUGGUCUCUUUGUGCAAUUUUUCCUCAACUACGUCAAGCUUGACGUGGGCGAAGCCAUGUUCCUCAAGGCGGACGACAUCCAUGCCUACCUUUCGGGCGACAUCAUCGAAUGCAUGGCGUCGUCGGACAACGUGGUGCGGGCGGGCUUCACACCCAAGUUCAAGGAUGUGGAAACGCUCACGAGCAUGCUGACAUACUCGUAUGCGCCCAUCAGCGAGCAGAAGAUGUCGCCGACGGAUUACCCCUAUGUCACGCUCAAUGCCACUGCAUAUAGCUCCAACUCUUCCAGCACCCUAUACGACCCGCCCAUCCCCGAAUUUGCGGUCGUUCGCACAGCUUUAAACAAGACGGGCGCGAAAGCUACGUUUGAAGCGAUUGCCGGGCCCAGUAUCGUGCUUUGCACGAAGGGCAAAGGAACGAUCAGCGUAGGGCCAAAGAAGGAGAAGAUUGAAGAGGGUUAUGUAUUUUUCGUGGGUGCCACAGCAGAGUUGGUGCUUGAGAGCGAAACGGAUGGGGAUGGCGGAGAGGGGAUGGUGACUUUCAAGGCGUUCUGCGAGAUCAGCGACCACGACCACAAGCAGAAGUUGUAGGGCGUUGAUAGAUCUGCAGACGUUCCUGUGGGAUAGCGAUGACAUGUGCAAUCAUGAGCGCACCAAACAAAUGCCCGUUGCCGACAACCAUUGGGUAGACAGAUCACGUGAAGCGAUCCGAGUUACCUCUACUACCUAGGUAGGAAGGGCUGGAGAGAUUCAGGGGCUCCGCGAUCCCAGUAGUCAGCAAUAGCAAAGCGCAGUGCGACGUGUCACGAUAUUUCCAGCUAUCAUUUUUCCGUCAUGGCAGACUGAUGAGACAUGAGCUCCAUCUUUUAUGUCGCACGACAGCGGCAGACUGCAGCUGAUGAUAAAUCUUAAAGGGGUGGAUCGAGCGAUGGCCAAGUAAAUAACGGCUGGCGAAAAGGGGUACCUGCAUAGCUGUCAACAUGCUGCGAACCACUACUGCAGCUGUG